AUGAUUCCGACAAAGACAUCAAAGACGGCAACAACGGCGGCCAGAAUUUUCUCACGUUUGGGUAGUGUUGAGGAGGUGCAACGCGGUCGCAGUGGCAGCGCUGUGGGAAUAACGCCCCCGGGCGGACAGGGAGUGUUAGCUGGCGGAGUCGGAGUGGGAGGAGCGGGAUCUGGAGCAGGAACGGUGGCAGCGGCAGUGGUGGCAACGGGUUCACCGGCCAGGAGUGGCCAGCAGCAGUUCGUCGGAGGAGGAGGAGGUGUCAGCAUCGGCAUCGGCGGAGUGGCGGGAGCGGCUGCUGUGGGCGUGGCAGGUGCGGGAGGAGUGGCAGCGGUACGACAGCGCAGCGCCAGCACAGUGCUCGACAUUAAUUUGCCGCAGCAGCGCAAGGUGUCCGUGGGCGGAGUAGGCGUGGGAGGGGGCGUCUUGGCAGGACCUCCGUCUCCAGUUAUACGCACCAUCAGCGGAUCGAAUGGCUUCAGUGGCUAUGAUCCGCCCUUGUCAGUGAUUGCCAGUCGGCACGCCAACUUUAAUGGCCAGGAAGUUGGCGGGGGCGUUUCGUCAGCAGGAGCACGAGGAGCACCCUCCGGCGCGGCACAUCGCCAUCGACAUCGUCAUCCCAGCCAGCAGGAACUGGUGCACUUGCGACCGGCUCGACCCUCGGCGAACCAGUGGGCGGCAGUGGAUCGGCGCCCACCAUUGGCGGCACUGCACCGGUGCAGCCGGGCCCCAAGCGACAGGGCAGCUUCUCGAAUGUCUUCUCAAAGCUAA